AUUAAUAGUGUUAGACCUCAUUAUCUAACCGAUAAGUCGAUAAAGAUUUGCUAAUUACAAAUCAAAAGGCAGUAGCUUUGUUUGCUGUGGUCAGAUUAAGUUGUUUGUGAAAAAAUAUGGAGAGUUUUUUUAAUGAUAUAAAUUUGGAUAGACCGAGAGACUUAAUAAUGGCAAACUGGAAAGCACUUGGUUCCAUCAUCCUCCCCAACGUCGGUGGCUGGGCUAAUGGAGUCUACUUCGCUGGCCAAACCCGGUCAGGAGGCAAGGACCAAACGUGGUACGAUACUCUGAAGAAGGCACCGUGGAACCCUCCGAAGUGGGCCUUCGGACCAACAUGGACGGUCCUCUACAGUGGCAUGGGAUAUGCUUCAUACCUGGUUUUGCAGGAGUGCGAUGGUUUCACAGAAGAUGCGGUCCUACCAUUGACUCUGUAUGGAACUCAGUUGCUGCUCAACUGGGCUUGGACUCCGAUCUUCUUCGGCCUUAAGGACUACAAGCUUGCCCUGAUAGAGAUAUCAGUGCUCACUGGAGUGGCGACCGCCACGGCCGCGUCGUUCUAUCGCGUGAACUCCACCGCUGGACUACUGCUGCUUCCUUAUCUAGCCUGGCUGGGAUACGCGACCUCCCUCUCCUACUACAUCUGGAAGAACAACCCCCAGUCCCCGAAGAUCAAGGAGAUCACUGAUGAGAAAGCUGACAAGGCUAACUAGUAGAAAUACUUCACGCUUCAAACUUCACCUAAGCUGAAUCGGACAAAGUGUUCUUAACAGGGCUUAAAAGCGGUUAAGGUUAUGCUACCGUUAUUAUUAAAUUCAAUUCAAUAAUUUUGUUUCAGACCAUGUGUCCAUAAUUGUCAGUAACAGUAUAAACUUAUAUACAUACUAUGUUAGUGGCAAUACCGGUUAUACCGGUUGUAUUGUUAUACUGGUAUGAAAUUACGGCAUCGAUUUCCUAUUGGUCCGUAAAAUGGUCCGCUUGUAUACCACCGCUUGUAUACUUUAACCGAUUGUAUACCUUAACCGCUUUCAAGCCCUGGUUGUUAGUCUUAUACGCCCGUAAGGUACUGAGUGAUCAGUUGAGUCAUAUUUUGUAUAACUAUUUACUUUAAAGGUGUGCAAUGCUUAAUCGUCAAUAUAAAGAUAUACAAUUAUUAUGUAAAAGUCUCGAUAUAAUUAAGUACCUAUUUGAAUCGCGUCAUAAUAAUAUAUAUUGGCCCCGAUUCCUGCAGACACCGCCUAAUUUUAUUUUAGGUUAUAUCCGUCAUUUUCGUAUCCGUCGAAAAGGAAAGGGACGGAUGAUUCACAGCUCUUAAUUUUAGGAAGAAUGAGUAAAUUAAUGUGUCGGGUUAUUGACUGACGUAAAAUUUUUAGACGGUUGGUUUAGAUUUGUGCUUAAAAUUGACGUGUGUUCCAUAAAUUUUAUGCUUGUCGAUUACCCGUCCCUUUCCUUUUCGGCGGAUAAGAAAAGGACAGAUAUAACUUAAAAUAAAAUUAGAUGGUAUUUACAGGAAUUAGCACCAUUGUAAGCUUUACACACUGCCUUGGGUAAACUUUAUUUUAUUUUAGUUUGCCAACUCUAAAAAAUAAUAAUAAAUUUAAUAAAUAAUAAUAAUUUAAAUAAAAAAUAGUAAUAGUGGCUUCAUCUGCAAGCAAGAGAACUGGCAAAUAUAAAUUAUAAUGUGAGUGAUUUUCUUUUUAUAUUUUUUAAUUUUUAUCCUAGCUUCUGGAUAGAUGGGGCUGAACUUUGUAGGUUACUGCAAGAAACGGAACGUUAUAUUAUUUGUGAUUUUCUUUUUGAAAUCAUAAAACGAAACGUAUUGUUCACAAUGAUUAUGUUUUGAAAAUAUGUAUAUAUUUUUUUUAAACAAUCUGUCACAUAAUCAGAAACAUACGUAACUUCGUCACGUCCAACUACGCUUUUUUUUAAAACGAAGAAAGAAAACGGAAUUAUAUCAGAAUGUCUCGAGAAAAUGAGAAGAAAUCUUUGUUUCGUUUAUUUAUUUCUUAAAUUAAUUGAACUUUUUUUUCUAUUUCUUGGCAUCUUGGCAAUCGUCCAGUAACGUAGUUGGUUAAGCGCCCUCUAACGAGUUCUAGAGAACUUUCUUUUUAAUUCUAAAAAAGAAAUUACCAUUAUAUUCAAAAAUAGUGGACUUACAAUGAAAGGUUAGCUGUUUGACAGCUCUAAAAAUAGUUUCAUCGUUCACUUACUUUUAAAGUUAGUUUUUGAACUCUCAAACUAAACUAAAAUAUAGUUCGACCCCAUUGUGCUUUUAUAAACCAUGCUGUUGUACUUAAAAGCAUAAUGAUGAUGCUUUCAACGUUUCACUCCGUUAUAAAUAUAGCUUGAUUAAUUUGAUAACUAUCAGAACACAAAACAGAAACAGAAAGAGUACAAUAGGCGGCCUUAUUGCCAAGUAGCAAGUAUCUCUUCCAGGCAACCACAAUUUAACAUUUAUGUUAACAUUUUUCUGCAAUGUCUCUUUCGCACUAGACAUCCUCGCUUUAUUACAAAACGAAGACUAAAAAAAAUAUACGGUCGAAUUGAGAACCUCCUCCUUUUUUGAAGUCGGUAAAAAUAAUACCAGGUGUAAAAUAUUGUCCGCGUCACGGAACUCCCGCGAUCGCGGCGCUAGUGUCGCGAAUUCUGCGUAGAGUUACUAUGACUUGUCAAUUAGUUCCAUUAAAAUACGUGGACUUCUUUCGUGGCUUGGACUAUAUGUUAAACCUGGUACUUAUUCUUUUUAUGGUAUCGUUUUCUAAUAAGGCGGACUAUAUUUCUAUACUUCUGUCAAAUCAAUCAAGUUAGUUUUUACGGAUUGGUGUUUGCUAUCACGAUAUAUAAUAAUAAUUUUCGAUGAAGUCACAAAAAGUAGUUUUAAGAUUCACUACUUUUUCAUUAUCUAAGCAAGGUUUAUAAAAUUGUAUUUUAUAAAAUUAUACCUGGUCAUAUAAUAAUUUGUCUACCUACUCUGUGAAAAUUAUAGCGUGAACUGGGGUUCAUGUGAUAAUCAUUAUUGAAAACUUUCACAUUUAUAAAAAAAUCUAGCGAUAAAACAUUGCUAAGAUAAAACAAAUGAAUAUUAUAUACUUACGUAGUAUUUUUCGAAAAUAAAAAGCAAAUAUCGUUUUUCUCACAUACCUGCAAAAAAGAAACAUAUUUUCUCACUUUAAAAUAAAUAUAUGACUAACUAUUUAAAGUUUAAUAGUAUUUUAUGCAACAGUUGUAUAAGAAGGGUCAAAAAAUGCGAGUGGCGUGAGUUGCGAUGUGAGCCUUGGCGAACAUCGCAAUAAGAGACGCCACGAGCAUUUUUUGACCUAGUUAUACAACGUUGCAUACAAUACUUUUUCUACGACGACGUAAUUUUAAAUGAAACAAAAAUUAUACAAAGAAAAAUUUUAUUUAUAAAAAUGAAGAUGUAAAUUUUGAAUGGUAUUGUGUGAUAUGGUAAUAUUGGGUACAUUGGUAGGUUUUACUGCAGUGUUGAUAUUAUAUUUUAUACUUUUUAGUGUUUUGAAACGAAACACAAAAAUUUUCCAAUUUAUUUUCCAACGCGCAGGAAAAUGGCGGCAAAUGUAUACUUUUUUUUAUAGUAUAUCUAUGGCACCAAACAAAGUAAAGGUGCCAGUUUCCAGGUCAAAAAAAAAAAAACAACAACAAUGCUUUUUUGGCGACAUUAUAGUACAGUUACACUUUGUAAACAAUGCUUUUAUAGGCCAUAGAGCGUACACUUUUUCAAAGAGUUUAAUUAUGUAUGUACUUAUAUUAGACUUUUUGGUUAUUUAAAUGCCAGAUUAAAGUAGAGGAGUAGAAAAAAACAUAAACGUAUUUUCAUUAAAUAAUAUAGAUAUUACGAGAAGUGUCCUUUCCAAAAUACUGCACAAAUCACCAUUCCCUAUGCAUUUAUGAAUGUCAAUAUUUUAAUAAACAAAUAGGUAAUAAGUACAUUCAUUCUAGAAUAUUCUAGAAAUCCUAAGGUAUUUGGAAGUAUUCUAUGUCAAUUUGUUUUUCGAAUAUAUUUAUUGUUUCAUGUUAAACUGAAUUAGUACUUGUAAAUAAAUAAUUAAAUUUAA